UUUUAGCUUGCGGUCACAUUAUUGAAAGCGUACAUUGUUUAUGUUGGUUGAACUCGUUCUAAGCGCACAAUAAAAUAAUGGGAGAUUUUUCUGUAGUCUGGUCAGAGUUGCUAAAGAUAUUUCCUAUUUUAAAUGGCGAGAUUGUGUAUCCACUGCAAGAGAUUGAAAAGGAAGUCUUUGAAGAUGUUUACCGGCAUCUGAAUAGCCUGGGAAGCGUUGAGACAUUUACGGCAAUAUUGGAUUUGGAAGUUGAAUCCACAGUUCGUAAUAUACUUGCCCCAAAAUUGUGGAAACAAUUGGCGUCCGAUGCCGAGCCUAAAGAAAAGUCAGACCAAGUUAUGACAAUCGCAGAGAUUACUGCAAAGGACGGACUUUUUUCUAAGUUCAUCGAUGCAGUAAACGAACUGUAUGAUGGGUAUAGGUGCUUAUUGGAAAUGAAACCUCGCCUCAUAAGACUGAAUAAAAACGCAGCAUCAUCAUCGGACGUGGAGAACAUCAAAUCCACUCUACGAAACGCAUUGUUAGCUCGCUUGCCGCCCACUUUUAACAGCUUCAUUAGCGACUUUUACAGUGUUCACUAUGGUCUAUUCACCAAGGACUCCAUAUUAUCGUCGACGACAAUAGAUUCUGAAGUAUUUACUGAACUUCCUUGUCCUGGUUGCAAUUAUGAUCAUGAUCAGUGUUGUUGCCAACAGCUUACGGAAAUGGUGAAUUCCACAAACUUAAAAUUACUUGAGAUGGGCUUAAUUGAUCGCUUAGCUGGUAGUGCUUUAACCAUAUUGAUUAAAUUAAAAAUAAAAGAGCACAUUAAUGAUACAUGCCUUGGAAUAUUCGAUAGAAGUCACCUAAAACAACUUGAAACCUGGAUAAACGAUGUGGUAAUGACUUGGUUGACUAGCAUAUUUACCGAGUGGAGAUCGGGGGAUGACAUUAAUAAUGAGCAAAUUCCUGAAUCUGUGCAAGCAUUCAAAGUCAAAUUAACAUAUUUUAUGUAUGAAACAUUUGCACAAAAUGUCAUUAGUCAGUUCUUCAGCAUAAUUAUAGAUUACCCAGACUCUACGCCAGCCAUUGAGGACCUAAAAAUUUGCAUGGAAAAAAUUGACAUGAGAGUACAUUUGACUGAAUCAUUGCGAAGUGCCUUAGAGGCCAGAAUUUUGCAUCCCGGUGUCAAUACUAUGGACAUAUUGACAGGCUACGUUGCGGCUAUAAAGGCAAUACGCCACCUAGAUAACACUGGCGUGAUAUUAGAAAUAGUUACUGCUCCUAUCAAGGAUUAUUUGCGAAAGCGCAAUGAUACUGUCCGAAGAGUAGUCACUGGCUUAACAGAAGAAGGUCCAACAGAUUUAUCGGAGGAGCUGGCAAAAGGAGAACUCAUCAAGGAUGGCAAAGAUGCGGGUCUCAACGAGUUUAGCAACUGGGAAAAUUGGGAGCCUGAUCCUUUCGGCAUUGAUCCUGAUGUUUUGCAAAUGAAUAAUUCGAAAAUUAUUCGAUCUGCUGAUAUUAUAUCAAUGGUUGUGGAUAUAUACGGCAGUAAAGAGUUGUUUAUGGUUGAGUACCGCAAUUUAAUGGCCGACCGUUUACUGUCUCAACUUGAUUUCAAUUCGGAAAAAGAAAUUCGUAAUCUGGAAUUACUGAAAAUAAGAUUUGGAGAAUCUCUCUUGCAUAGCUGCGAAGUCAUGCUCAAGGAUGUAACGGACUCAAAGAGAAUCAAUGCUCAUAUUCAUGGAGACGGCAACAUCAAUGAGAGUACAUUGUUUGAUAUAACAUCAUUAAUAAUUUCUGCGCAGUUCUGGCCGUCAUUUAAUAAAGAAAGUUUACAAUUGCCUGAGGAACUAGAAAACGAAUUUAAAAAGUUUACCAAAGCAUAUGAGUCAUACAAAGGAAAUCGUACUCUAAAUUGGCGUACUGUGACUGGACGUGUCAAUAUUGUCAUUGAAAUUGGCGAACGAGUCAUGGAAAUGACUGUGCCUCCCACACAGGCAGUGAUUAUUUACCAUUUCCAGCAUAAGAGCGUUUGGACUCUAGAUGAGCUUAGUAGCCUGAUUAAGGUGCCUCCAUCUGCGUUAAGACGUCGCAUUAGUUUCUGGCAAAACCAUGGGUUGAUUACCGAAACAGAGCCUGGUGUCUUUAGCUUAUUGGAAGAGGAAUCUGAAAAAAUUGAAUUCGAAGAAAUGAAUAUUACAGAUGCUGACGAAGAGGACUUGGAGUCUGCAAUGGCAUCUGCUAGUGACCAACGCGAGGAAGAACUACAAGUGUUUUGGUCGUACAUUGUUGGUAUGCUAACAAAUCUGGAUUCAAUGCCAAUCGAUCGCAUUCAUCAGAUGCUAAAACUAUUCGCUUCUAACGGCGGAGGUGUUGAGUUCACACAAGAUGAAUUAAAACAUUUUCUACAGCGCAAAGUACGAGAGCAUAAAUUGCUAUUUUCAGGUGGAGUUUAUCAGUUGGCAAAGUAAAUUAUCGCCUUUUUAUAUAAGAGUUAAUUUGAUAUUCCAUUAAACAUCAAAAGGUUAUUUUAGGGCGACUGCAAGCCUUUCGCUGAAAUUGUUGAAUAAAAGCUGCAAUUAAAAUAUGUACAAUGCUA